AUGCUAACAACACACCCAGGGCCAUCGCAGGUGACUGCGCAUGCUUUAGGUGAUGACUCGAAACCAAAAGAUGACGCUCCCGCGGUUCGCUUUGCCUCUUUAAUAGAGGAAAUCUCGCCAUCCGCUGCACCUCCCGCCGCGAGUCAAGUCGCAGACUACAGCUUCGCCGAGGUUGCCGCGGACGAGCUGAAGUCAUUUACCAAGUCUCUGCAGGGCCGCCAUCUUCAAGAGAGGCGUAUGAAUACUUUCCAGUUCGAAGCCUUCUCUCUACCACCAUCUAGAGUUCCGUCACGGGAAGACGAGUCAACGGAUUCAACGAGACUCCCAACACCCAAUUCUUCCAAUUUCCAUUCACCCCAUGGAAGCCCAAGGCUAUCUGCUUUGGCGUCCCCGCCCCUUACACCCGCUGGUACGGACCCGUCUGCAGUGCCCGAGAAAAGAAUAUCCAGAGGACCAGACGACAAGGGUCCUGGUUCGGGCGACCCCCAGACAAUUACGCCACAGGCCUCGUCUUCGCACGACAAAUCUCCUGCGUUUGAGGAGCGCAAGCAACUAGCGCACCGGCCUGCUUCUUCAGACCAUGUUAUGCAACGGUCGUCUUCCGUUGAAGACGGCAAAUCACACAGAAGGGGCAUGUUCGGUGCCGGACCUGGCUCCGUUCCCGUCUCUCGAGAGUCUAGCCCUUCACGGAGCUCCGCAUCCAACUUCUAUUCAAAGCCCAUCACCCCCGGUGGUGACGCAAAUGAUCCCUAUGCCAAAGGAAAGCGACCUCCGCAGCAAGCGCACCCUUCGCGCCACACAAUCGAUCCUCGCUUUGUCUUUUCCAGGAAGAAAAAGCACGGAUCGCCAAGCAGCUCGAAGACGAGCCUAACUGACAAGCGCGCUUCCGGCAUGUUUGGUAAAAGUGACGAGCACCUCACUGUUGAAGGUGCAGGAAGUGGCCUCGGUCACGCCCCACAAGGGUCGAUGGCAGAUUUGAAGCGGUUUUUCAGAAUGUCUGGCCAUAAUCAACAGCGUCAUCACCACCACAAAAAGAGGGAUCAAUCACCCGCAUCAGGUGCCAGAACGCCCCCUACGUCUCGAUCCGCGAACCAGCAACUCCCGUUCAGUGACGACCAUGGUCUAUCAUCAAGAUACGGCAAGCUUGGCAAGGUCCUUGGUGCUGGUGCCGGCGGAUCAGUCAGGUUAAUGCGGCGCAAGGAGGACAACACUGUUUUCGCAGUCAAAGAGUUCAGGGCCAGACAUAGCUACGAGACAGAGAAGGAGUAUAACAAAAAGGUCACCGCCGAAUUUUGCGUUGGUUCAACGCUCCAUCACGGAAACAUCAUUGAGACGCUGGACAUUCUCCAGGAGAAGGGCCGAUGGUUCGAAGUCAUGGAAUAUGCGCCCUUUGAUCUAUUUGCCAUUGUCAUGACAGGCAGAAUGAGUCGAGAGGAAAUUCGAUGUUGCUUCUUACAGAUUUUAAACGGUGUUACCUACCUGCACAGCGUAGGGCUGGCACAUCGGGAUCUCAAGUUGGACAAUGUUGUCGUUAGUGAUAAGGGAAUCAUGAAGAUCAUUGAUUUCGGUAGUGCCCAUGUCUUCAAAUAUCCCUUUGAGAACGACACUGUUCCCGCAAAAGGCAUUGUUGGCUCCGACCCGUAUCUGGCCCCAGAAGUCUAUGACGUGAAAGAGUAUGACGCAGCGGCUGUCGACAUUUGGUCCUUGGCCAUCAUUUUCUGUUGCAUGACGUUGCGACGUUUCCCUUGGAAGAUUCCAAGAAUGACAGAUAACUCUUUCAAACUUUUCGCGGCUGACCCAACUCCUGGACAUGACCCGACAAAGCUCAUUACGCAUUCAAAGUCAACCGGAAACCUGUCCAGUACGGUGGCUAGGGAGUUCUUGGCAGAUGAAGACGUGAAAGAAAAACACCACCGCAACCACUCGCAGCAUUCUCAUCACGAGGGUGGUGGCCACCAUCACGGAACGGAGGGCUCAGAAACUUCUUCUACGGCAGAACACAGCCAGCAGUCGCAGAACCACAGUGCCACAGGAGAGCGCAAGGAGGUCAUUCGCGGUCCCUGGAGAAUACUCAGAUUGUUGCCGCGAGAAAGUCGUCACAUCAUUCAUCGCAUGCUCGACCUCGACCCCAAGACCCGCGCCAAGAUGGACGAAAUUUUGAGCGAGUCGUGGGUCGCAGAUACUGUGAUAUGUCAACAGCUGGAGAAUGGCGAAGUCAUCCCCGCCGAGGACCAUACUCACGUGCUCGAGCCACCAGCCUCUCAGCACCAGCAGUCCAAGGCAUAA